UCCACUUCCUGUGUCAGAGGUCACCGUUCCUGGCUAAAGAUGGCGGCGCCCAACGAGUUGUUUUGCUGGGAAGGAGACUGGGGCUUACCGUCCAUCGACACCGACAGUCUGGUGGUUCUGGCCUACGCUCAGUUCGCGGGAGCUCCUCUCAAACUCAGGAAGAUCUCAAACCCCUGGAGGAGUCCCAGCGGUUCUCUUCCCUCUCUGAAGACCAAUCAGAAGGAGACUCUGUCCCGGCCCUCUGACAUCAUCAUCCACCUAAGAAAACAGAAAUUCAAUGCAGACUACGACCUCUCUGCUAAGGAAGGAGCCGACAGUCUGGCCUUCAUCUCUCUGAUGGAGGAGAAACUCAUGCCGGCUCUGAUCUACACGUUCUGGAUCGAGCCUAAGAACUAUGUGGACGUGACCCGGCGCUGGUACGCCGAGCACAUGCCGUUCCCUCUGAACUUCUUCAUGCCCGGACGGAUGCAAGGACGCCAGCUGGAAAAGCUGCGACUGCUGCGAGGAGACGAGAGUCUGGAGGCCGGAGAGGAGCUGGAGAAGGAGUUGUACCGUGAUGCUGCAGAGUGCAUGAACCUGCUCUCCCAGCGACUCGGGACGCACAAGUUCUUCUUCGGAGACUCGCCGUCAUCCCUGGACGCCUACGUCUUCGGCCACUUGGCGCCCGUCCUCAAGUCCAAACUGCCCAACGGGAAACUGCAGCAGCAUCUGAAAUCCCUCGACAACCUGACAAACUUCUGCACCAACAUCCUGCUUCUCUACUUUCCCCGGGACGGCCGAGAGAGCACCAGUCAGAAGACGUCGCCCCAGCCCGAGGACUUCGACCACGUCCCCAACAAGCGUCGGAAGCAGUUCCUGUCGGCGCUGGUGGCUCUGGGAGCCAUGCUGAGCUACGCCCUGGUCACCGGGAUGGUGUCCAUCCACCACGUCCAGCAGGAGGCGCUGGAGGAGCCGCCGGACCUCCAGGACAUCCACGACCAUGAGGAGGAGGGAGACGGCUGAGGACGGACGGACGGACGGACGGACGGAUGGAUGGAUGGACUCUUUGUGGACGGACGUAGAGGUGUUUGAAAAUGAAGACGGAGACGAGCAGAAUGAGUAUUUAACCAGAGGAGGAUGUAGACGAUGAGAGAUGAGAAUAAAACGCUGGAAAGAC